AUGGGUUGCUUCACAUUCGUCAAAUUGAUGAUGGUCUUGUUCAACUCUCUUAUCUUCGUGAGUAUGUUUCCUCUUUGAUUGGGUGCUGCAGAGGGAGGAGGAGGAGGAGGAGGAGGAGGAGGACGGCUUUAGGAGCGGGUUCAUGGAUGGUGUGAAAUCUCGGCAUUAAAAGAAAACAAGCCAAAUCUUUCAAAACGGGGCAUUUGUGUUUGUACGUUACAUAAACAUUUCAGAUCAGUGAGGCGGAGGAUCUAAAUGAUGCUCCGCUUUCUCCCCACUGUGGCAAUUUUCAUCUCAUUAACUUCCACAGCUGUAAUUUUGCCACCUACAUCUUCAGCUUAAUGUUGAUAACUAAUGUGGUUUGUGAAAUGGAGAGAAACUUUGGCAUGGGUAAGCUGAAUCUGGAGCCCACCUGGACCCCCGCUGUCACAGAUGAAGCUCCCAGCACUUGUCAUCAUUUUUCCUCACAUUUCCUGUUUCUGCCUGAUAAAUCGGGUGCUGCAGCUCUAACAGUCGCAGCAGCAGCGCUCUGAUUAUGAUGCGCUCCUCCUCUCUGAGAUGAUAAAACGAUUUCAACUUCAUCUCUUUGUCAGAGCAACUGCCUCCUGUUUCUGUGUUUGUUACUGUCAAUAAUAAUAAUAAAAACUUUAUCAUGACUGUAGCUUUAAAGACAAAUGUUGACAAAGAGUCAAACAUUGAGCAGUCAGGCCAGACAGAGAGAUGAACGAAAGGCUCUGCAUUCAGAAUAAAAGAGAUGAAACAGAUGUCUUUUAACAGCAGGAGAGGACUCAAAAAGACAACAUCUAAUAGGGCUGGGUGAUAUGGACUCCAAUCAAUAUCACAAUAUAUUGAUCAGUUCACCUCGAUAACGAUAACUUCGAUAACUUAACUUCGUCUACUUCAGCCGCUCCAACUUUCUCUCCGUCCUCCAUCUCCUCACCUGUCUUUCCCUCUUUGUUACAGACUGGAUGGGGUGGAGUCACGUCUCUGACGUAGGACAGCGUCUUUAAGGGACAUGAGACCAUAGCCUACCUACACACAUCCAAAAACUACUUUGAUUUAUUGAUUUAUUUGACACCAAAUAUACCGAUACGAGCAAAAUGACGUUUGGUUAUUGUCAGAAAUUUCGGUAUCAAUAAAUUUUCGAUUUAUCGCCCAGCCCUAACAUCUUAUCAGAGAAAUAAAAACAGAUCAGGUCAUUGAGAUAAUAAUAUCUAUUCAUGUGUGAUAAAGGCUGUCAUUCAAUAUUAAAACUCAAGAUCUCACUUCGUCAAAUCUGCUCAGCUCAAAGUAACAAUCACAGAAAAAAGAGAAAUGACGUAAACAGACAUGAAAUCAUGGGCGGUCAUGUUUAUGAUCUAUAAAGGGUUGAGAUAUUUUAGAGGAUCAGUCUUAAAAACAAUGUGAGGUCAGUCUUAAUUAAGGGUGUCCUAAAACAAUAUUGAUAUCGGUCCAAUUUCAGCAAAAAAAUGAAUAUCAGAUUAUAUCAGCCUGCAUCUAAAAUCUCUGCAAUCAGCACUCCGAUACAAGCAGUCCAUUCCAGACUCCACUCCAGCACCUCUAGCAGAUCCAGCAUGCAGAGUCCAAGUGAUCACUACAACAGUGUGUACUAAAGUACUAAGAAAGUACCAAGGAGUAGAAGAGAUGUCGGUUGUGUGGCAGUAUUUUUCGUUAAAGUCCGAAAAAGACGUUGCAGCUGAGUGCAAAACUUGUCAUGCACAAUUUUAUGCCAAUAUCGGAACAAUAUCAGUAUCGUAUCAGAAGUAAAAAAAGUUGAAUCGGGACACCCCUAGCCUAAAUAUCUCCAGCUCUGUUAAAGUCAUGUUGACCUGGUCGUUUCCAGGAAAGCUAAGUCAAAUGUUCCCGAAAGUAUUAAAGUUCUGUUGUUUUAAAGACAAUAUUAUCACUAUGGAUGGGACUCGCUCUUAUAAUACACACACUUGAGAGAUGCACAGUUGUAAAACACAUCUGUUGUGUUCACAAACACACUCUGAGAUGCCCAGGUUGCUCUUCAGACCUCAUCCUGUCUUCUGUGCACUGAUUUCACUGUAUACUUCACGUAUUUCCACAUUAAAAACAGGAGGAGUAAGGGAGCAUUUCGGCCCAGUAGCAGUCUUAUUUCUGUACACUGUUGGGAUGACAGUGAAAAAGUCUUCAUAUAAGCAUGUUCUUUUGAAAUAUUGCAUGUUUUCCUUCCUGAGCGCAUUAAUCUGACAUCAGGAUAUGAAGUGAACCCACUCAGGUCAGGAGAGAGAAAUUAGACGCUGCACAGUAACUAUUCAACCAGGAGAUCAAAAUUAAUGCCGGUUAGCUGUGACGGUUCAUCCCCAGUCAACAUCUCCAGCAUGCUGUCUGCUGUACCUGAUCUAAAUACGGUGGACAUCAGAGGUGUCUCUGUACGGUCCAGUGUCGAGACUUAAUCAGACUGUCUGCUCCCGGUAAAAUGACCCAUGAAGAUGGGUUUUACACUCAGCUGAUGUCUCUCUCAUUCCAGCUCUUUCACAGACAGCCAAUUCCAUUUCAUCGGGGCGGGACAGGUCCAUUCUCUCUCCUGCUCCGUCUAAAUCUUUCUAUCUUUUCUCUCCGUUCACCUCCCCCCUCUCUGGAGGCCAUGGCCUCCUAUUCUGCAGCCUCUCAUUCAUCCCUUCUCCUCUGACCCUAAUAGGCUAUAUUCCCCAUCUCCAUAGAUGGGAGCAUGCGUCUCCGUCUCCACUCCUUCAGAAACCUGAUUACUUCCAGUCCUUUUUGCCAUGUGGAUGUUAAACUGACAGGGCAUCCACCUGCAUAUGGCACACCAUUAAAAGGAUUAACUGUCUUAAGAGAAAGAAGACAGCGUGCCAGCUAUAAUUAUACCAGGUGAGGGAUGACGGUGGCACACGUGGAGUCGGACGGGGAAUAUGCUUGUCGCAUCACAUUUAGCCAACGGUGCAAUGAUGGCGGCGAGCAGCUUCAAGAGAUGAGACGAGAAAGAGAGGGUAAAAAAGAGCGGGGCCGAGGUAGAAAAAAGUGGAGGCAAAGAAAAGAAGGGGGAGAUGAAACCAUGUGAGAGACAUCAGCAGCCACUGACAGGAGAUGUAGAGUGUCGGGGGCCUGAUGUGGAGCAGAGGGGGCCCCCUGACUGCAGCAAGCCUGAUGGAGCCUGACAGACAAUAUCAGGUUUCAAACAUGGUUUCUGCAGCCGAGGAGGGAAGAAGAAAUCACUCAGAACGAGGAGAGCAGGGUGAAAGACGCCGAGGAGACGGAGGAGGAUAAAAGGGUGGAGGAGAAGGUCAGAGAUGAGGAGGGAAAGGAGGGAGAUAAUGACAGUGAGAUCAGGUGGUUUCCAGACUGUAAUGUGAAACAUGUGACAUACUUCUGGGCCUGUUUGUUGGGAGCUGGUUUGACAGGUUCUGAGAUGAGACAUUUUAUAUUAAUGCACUUUAGUUUCCUGAUGGUUUUGUUUGGCCUCAGUGGUCAGAGAUCUAACAGCAGGUGGUUAUGUCACAGGAAGUCUUUGGAUGGUAGUCGUACUCUGAGGACUUUAGGACUGAAAUCUCUGGUGAAAUAUGACAGUCUACAGUUUUUAUUCAUCAUAUAUUUGCACCAGAGAUAAUUUAUUGUAGGUGUUGCAUGGUUUACACUUCAGAUUAUCCCUGGAUUAGACCUGAUCUGACCGCCACUAGGAUGAAGCCCCUCUUUGCCGCUAAAGUCUUCUGCUAUUAUUUGACUCAUAACUUUGACUUUAAUCAAGAAAAAUGAUAAUUAAACUGUUGAUUUUUGUUGGACUCACUUUUAGUUACCUCCUCUAACCACUUCAUCAGACAAGGGCUAUCCCCAUAUGAUAUUUAUAUUGAAUAUCGGUCCGAUUUUAGCCAAAAAAAAAAUAUCGGAUUACAUUUGCCUCCAUCUAAAAUCUCUGAAAUUGGCACUCCGAUACAAGCAGUCCAUUCCAGACUCCACUCUGGCACUUCUAGCUAGCAGCGCCAGAUCCAGCAUGCAGAGCCCACAUAAUCACAACAACAUUGUGUACUAAGGUACGAACAAAGUAGAGAGGAGGUGGAUUGAUGUGGACUGUGUGGGAGUAUUUUUCAUUAAAGUCUGAAAAAGACGUUGCAGCUGAGUGCAAAACUUGUCAUGCACAAGUUUGUACCAAUAUCGGAUCAAUUUCGGUAGCAGCCAAUACUGAGGCUACAAUAUCAGUAUCGCAUCAGAAGUAAAAAAGUUGAAUCGGGACACCCCUACAUCAGACUUCAUUAGUUUUCCAGAGACAGAAUAAAGUCCAAACUUUACUUUUACGAGCUAAGAUGGAUCACAGACAACUUGAUAAAGAGCAUCAAAGUUCUUUGUGGAUCUUUACAGAUGUAAUGUGUGUUUAGAUCCUUAGAUACUUGUUUUGAUACUCCAACAGCUCUACAGAGUUUUUCAGGGUCGGUACAGAUUUGAUUCUCUCUCUGCUUGUUAAUCCAGUUUGUUGGUAUUUGCAUGUGUGGCCGAAAAUGGAGAUAUCACGUCUCCAGAGAACAGCAGACCAUCUCCACUGGAUGUCUAUGCCAUAAUCCCACAGCAGAUUCCUGUAAACCCCACACUCUAGCUCUAUCUUCUGCUUCACGAUGAUCACUAAACGGAUUUAUGAGUGUGGAGAUAAAGCUAUGGCAGAGGGCAGUGAUUUCAUUCAGAAAGGUAGGAUGAGGCCAAGCUGAUGCUCCGCAGUGAUACAUAAUGGGAGGCCUGAGGCGGCACCUCUCUCUGUCUCAGGAAAGGAAUCCUCUCUGAAUGCAGUGAGUGAUACCGAGGUGUCAAAGUGUCGCCAGGAGGAAAUAGCAAGAGAGGGUUAGUGAUGUAAGUUGGCCUCUCAUUUCCAAAACCUAUUACCUCCUCAAGAGCUGUUGACCCCACCAGCCUGGCUGCCAGGCAAAUAAAUGAUUGACGCUUCCUCACCACUGUUAGCUUUGGAUUACACUCCAUGGAAAGCUAAUUGGUCAAUAUAUACCGGCUCAGUUUGAUAAAUGGCAAGGGUUUGGGAGUCGACUCUCUGCAUUAGCAUAAAGUGUAUGCUGAUCAUGUCUCCUGGAUUUCCUGCAGCUGGGGGGCCUGACCCUGCUCGCCAUGGGGAUCUGGGUGAGUGUAGAUGGAGGCUCCUUCCUGAAGCUACUCGGGCCGUUUUCAGGCCAAGGCAUGCAGUUUGUCAAUGUGGGCUUUUUCUGCAUCGCCAUCGGGGGGGUGCUGAUGCUGCUCGGACUCCUGGGAUGCUGCGGGGCGCACAAGGAAAGCAAGUGCCUGCUGCUCACGGUAGGUGAAAAACUAACGUUAUUUAAGCUCAUCUGAAAGGAUAACUAGUCAAGUGUCUUCUGAUUCAAAGGCUUUUCCAGGUCUUGUUCACCAGUCUACCUCAGUCAGACGAUUUCAGUCAUGCAGGGCCAAAUCCUACUGUGCACAUUUGGAAGGUACAGGCCCAAGAGUGGGGAUCAUUUGUAGGACUCGAUAAGGUCCCUGGGGUUUCAUUUGAACCCUCAUCUUUACACAGGGAUCAUUUCACAAGACAACAGUCCCAAAGUAUCUGCAUGGUGGAAAUGUGGAGCACAGGGACCCUUAAAGUCCUUGGAAGGGUUCCAGGGUGCACCAAAGCAUCCCUGAUGGUUUGGGGAUCAUCAGAGUCCAUGUCAUGGGUAUCUUCCACGUAUGUGAAGGCUCCAUUAAUGCUGAACAAUAUCUACAGAAUUAGGAGCAUCAGGACCCUGUAGCUGGAGUCACUGCAUGGACUUAAUAUCACUAGUGUAUGAACCGUCCUGAGGUCUGAUGAAUCAAAAUCUAACACUCUUUUGGAAAGGGUAACUGGACUUGGGACAUUUCGUCUACGGCGAAACGUCCCAAGGCGCUCAGAGAUUGUGGUUUUCUAGAUGUCCAGGUUUUGAGCUUCAUAUUUGAAUAGAUGAUAAAGUUGAGCAUUUCAUCAUCUCCUCAUGAAAAAUAGUUCAACUCCCUACAGUGUAAAACAUAAAAAAGACCCCCUCUCAUGUUUGGUUGCUCUACUUCCAUCUUUACAUCUAUUCCCAUCAACCUCUGAGCUAAUUGAGCUACAUCCUCUCCUCCUGCCUCAUUCAAAGCUGUAUCACCACCAGCCCCCUAACAACAUAGUGUUCAUUAUCAUACUCAUUAACAGCAGGGCUAACUACCUCUUAGUCCACUGCAGUGAAUCUAAUGAGGAGCACAGACGGCCUAUUUUCUGCCUUUAGAGCCCAUAUCACGUCCACAUCUCCCAUUGAGUUGAAUGAUGACGGUACAGCACACACACUGCAGGAUUCAGUGUAGAUCUAGUCCUACUAGACUGGACUGACAGAGUGGAUGAUUCGGCCUCUUUAUCGUCCCUCUGUGGGAUCAGUGGAGCUUUAUCGACAGCCUGUGAUUGUUACAUUCGACAAUCGCCGUUAGACAUGAUCGUGGAUGUCCAGAUGUGUUGUUGGAUUGGUAUCAGCUCCAGUCAGAUGAUUUGUUUAUUCCCCCUUUUUUUGCUUUGUACAAAGAAAAAUGUCUCGGCUUCAAAUGUGAUCAAGAAAAGCAGAUCCAAGCCUUUACUUUUCGACGUAGAUAUCUGACAUUAAAAUCUAGAUGACUCAAAACGAUGCAGGGAAGGGGAUCUCGAACUUUUUCUCAUUUCGUCUGGCUACCAGUUAUUGCUCUAAUGUCACCAACUUUGGAUGCAAUAAUCAAGCUUUUUCAGUUUGAAGAUGAGGCAACCUCCAGGCGUCAAACAAAAAACUGUAGUUCCUCCAGUGUCCACUUGAGGCCAGCUCCCAAAGCACCAAAGGCCACAUACACACCCAGUCAAAAAAUCUCAGCAGCCUGUUCCUGACUGUAUGUGGGCGAAAUUCUCUGUGACUCAUUCAUUUUAAAGCUUGUCGAUGGAUCUUUUUUCUCUAAUUAACUUGAACUUAUUUUUCAGCUUUUAAAAAGACUUGCAGUUCAUUUCACACAGUUAUUGGUUAUACGCUGCAGCUCCACACUUUGUCUCAGUCGAUAAAAACUCAUUUUUAUAUCCUCAGACUCUUUCUCUCUCUCUCUUUACUCUUGCAGUUCUUCUCCAUCAUCCUCAUCAUCUUCAUCGCUGAAGUGGCAGCCGGCGUCGUUGCUCUGGCCUACUCUUCAUUCGUAAGUUCCCCACUUCACCUCUGCCUCUCUCUUUUCAUUCACCGCCUCAUCACCCGCCCUCCCCUCUCUCCCUUAGAGCCUCCUCUUCACUCCCUCUUCUUUGUCUCUUAAUUCUUAUCGUCCCUGGCUGUCUUUUUCUGUCACCCUCUCACCUCCACGUCCCACUCUCUGGAUUUUAUCUCCAUGUAAAUUCUCCAUUAUAGCCGCGGUCAUCAUUGAAUUACUGGCUUUAUGUCCGCCUCACUACAUUCGGCUACUUAAUGACUCUGGGAUAGCCCGGGGCCGCGCGGCGUCUCUAACUUUGAGCAAUUUAUUAUUCUGGAAUAUUGAAGCUAAAGCAUUUUAUAUGCAAAACAGUCUAUUUACAUAUAUGUCCCCCCACCUCCCUCCCUACCUCCCUACCUCCCUCCUUCUCUCUCACACACACAGACACACACACACAGACACGUGCCCCAUUUCCAUUUAGUGGCACGUAUAAUAAUUACAAGGAUUUCAAAUGAGCAAUGUAAAAGGAUGUUAGAGAAGACCGGAGUUCUUAUAAAGAAAACAUAAAGUGGAGUUUUUUUUUAUCCAAUCAGAGCUUGUGUCUGAGUCUCCAGGAGCGAGAGAGGUAAUCUAGGAAACGUACAUCUGUGGAGAAGAGAGGACUCUUUCAUUUGUCUGUACUGGAAUUGUUGCUAAACCAGUUUGAGGAACAGCUGCUCACUGCAAAACAAACAAACAAAAAAAAACACGGACUGCCUCUUUACUUUAUAGAGAGCGUAAAUUCAGUGACAAUAGCCUGAUAUUUUAGAUGAUAGGUUUCUCAAUAGAGAGGUAACGUCGCGCAUCUAUAAUUCAGGACAGGUGCGUCGGAAAGCCAGGGAUCCAGCAAUUCAAACAACGGGAAAACACCCGCACACAGUCCAACUUAUAGAGAAAGAAACAAUUAUUGCUGCGACGCUUCGGUACUCGACCUUUCGCCAGACAAACUGGACAAACUCAACUAGGCAGUUUGCCUGAUGAAGGUCCAGUACCAAAACGUCGCAGCAAUAAAUUGUUUCUUUCUCUGCAAGUUGGACAGUGUGCAGAUACAAGGUUUCUACUUUGCCUGGUGAAGCUGCAGACCGGUCAGCCACUUUUUCAGGGUAAUCCAAAACUGGUCUGGUAUCGUCAAACCAAUCCAGUACUAGGAAUGGGUCUAGAUCAGUAAAGUUCAUUUCCUGUUUCCAGAGGGUCUUCUUGACCACAUGCAGAAGUGCCUCUGGACUCUAAUGGACAAACCAACAGCCAGUCAGAUUGUGACGUAGCACAGAGUGAUAGAAAUGUCAACAGGAAAGAAACCAACUCUCUCACCAGUGAACGCUGUAUGGGUGUUUUUGCAGUUUCUUGUUUGAAGACAUUUCAAACUGCUGCGAUGAUCGAUUCAACAGCAAAGAAGCUGUCAUCUUAGUUCAUCACAAAAAGGUUGUUCACCUACCGCCUGUUGGACAGCGAUUCCUCCUGACGGCAAAAACAAAUCUGAUCUGGCAUCAUCAGGUGAGCAGAAACUGUUUAAAGUGGAAUAUGUCUGAAAAUACACGAUCUAGAUUAUUUACAACAGCAGGAUGGAUGGUCGGCAAUGUCAGACUAAAGCAAAGUCCCUUCUAGCUCAGUAAGUCCACACUACACAAACUCAAAACUUCGAUACAAAACCCCGGACAUUUGAAGGGUUUUAUAAACUCCCCCGGACAAGGUAAAAGAGGACAUACGGUCACCCUAACGUAGUGGGACAUGGACCUGCCUUUCUCAUCCAUGUUUGAGAAGAGUUGGUUUCUGUGCAGAUAGACCGAUCUUCUCUUGAAAGUUUGUAGAGGUGAUUUUUUGCAGCGUGAAGAUCUACCUACAACCUCUCCUCCUCUCUCUCCGUGUCCUAAUUAGUCCCAGAGUCUCAGUUCUCACAUCUGUUCUGGUUCUGUCCAAUCCUAAGUGCGCCUGCUCUCACACAAAGAAGCUCAGUGUGUUUGUGUGUGUGUGUGUGUGUGUGUGUGUGUGUGUGUGUGUGUGUGUCCUUGGAGGCCGAGUUCGGAGCGACGCAAUUUUGUGCAGAUAAAUCUGCCCCAUCUCCCCGCUGUCAUUUCCUAAAGCUGAGCUUACCAAUGCGAGAGAUGUUAACGGCAUCUGGCGAGAGGGGCAUCGACAACAGCCCGCACGCCGAUAAAACAAGAGAGAGCGACCGAGGGAGGCGUGAGCUUUUGUCUAAAGCUCAAUGAAAUGCACGACAUAACUCAUAGAUCUGUCUUUCUUAAGGAGAUCAUAGAUUUGGUUUAGAGUCAAUUUAACGCUCUGUUUGUUAGCUUUAGCAUCAUCUGUUCAUUACAAACACAAAGGACAUCUUCAGGUCCAUCACGGAUAUGAGUGUGCGAGAGCAGCUGUCCAUCUCCUGCUCUAGAUAAGACACAGUAAACACAAUAGCAUCAGAAUAAUGAAUAUGGGUAAUAUACAUCUAAUAUGCAUAUAUAUAGCCGCCUGUGUCAAUAAGUAAGAGACAGAGACCCGGACAAUGAAAGGAGGCCAUAAAUAAAGCGUUGAUCUUUUGUGCUCUACUUAUCUGCAGCAUAAAUCUGCCUUUUGGACACCGAGCCUCCGAGCUCAUCUCAGCAAAGAGCCAAUAACCUUCAGGUGGUCGGAAUAACUGAGAUUUAAUAAGCAAUCCCAGCAGGCAUUAUGAGAGGCCGUCAGUGGUCAUGGUUGUUCUUCCUCCGCCAAGUGAUUUGGAAGUGACCAGGGAGGAGAUUUAUUAGAGGGGGGGUGAUACGGUCUUCUCAGAGGAUGAAUGGCGAAGAUGUGAUGUGGCGUUUAAUGAAUCACGGCGACCUCCCCGAACAGUAGAGGAAUGUGAUUUCCAAAACGUAAUCCAAUACAGACCGCUGCUGGCCUGAGUGAGUCUUGUAAGAUGAUUCACUCCAAUUACUUUAGCCUUAAAGCUGCACUUCAUCAAUACCUUUAUAUUAACCAUGAAAAACACGACAUGUUUGUGAAACCAACAGAUAUGAUCAUCGACUAUUCAUCUCCACAAACGUCCUCGGAGAAAAUUAGCACCUCUCAGCUCGUUGUCUGAACUCAAGCUUCGUUUACGGGAUUGUUCUGCAAACCCAAAAUAGCCUAGUGACGAGUGGAGUUAUCGAUACAUGCAAACCAAAAGGCCUCUGUAAUCGUCGACAUUGUUUAAGCAACAGCUGCCUGCACAGUUACCUAGCAGCAAAACAUCUACAUGUGAAGAAGUACAGGAGCAGCACUGCGUCUUAAAACCGUCUUUCUUUGACGCCUCACAAAUCAACGAAUCCCCUGGAUCUGCAGACUGCGAGCGACAGAAGCGGUGAUGUCGAGUUAGUUUUGGGGGUUUUAUGCAUCAACUUUGGAAGGGAAAGGAAGCAGAUCGAGCACGAAACACAGAGAGAAAAUUUUCAUGAGGAUAGCCUCUGUGUUUCAAGGGUAUGUCAAAACUAUCACCCAGUGGCGCCACAGCUGGUGGUUUAAUGGAUUUCACUCUGUGUGUGAACAGCCUCUAACGCUCGGCCUGGAGCAGUUGUUAAAAUCAACAAUGAAUAGAUCCAAAAAACAGUAACGUGACAUGUUUUUAAUUUGCAGGUAUGGAGGAGUUUGCAGGGCUGCAGGUAAAAGCUGCAGACAGCAAGUGUUAACAUCCAAUUCAUAAUUUUGCUGAGUCAUAAUUAUAAUUGAUGACUCUGCAUUAUAUUCACCACGUCUUAGAUUCACUUCGGUCCACUUUGAAAUCAAAUAAAGUCAGUUUGCCCUCAGACUCUGGGGUUUGUUUUUAAUACUGUUGUUGAUGGUAACGGUAAGUUAUUGUUAUUUUGCACUUUUGAUGUGUUUAUUUUAAUAUUAAGGUUAAAAUGCACAAUUUAACAAAGCAUAAUCAGUGUUAAAUAUUCAUGUACAUUAUAGAGGGAAGAGUUUUUAGAGAGUUUUCAAACAUGUGGGCGCCUUUUUAAAGGAUCUGAAAAUGACGACUUCUCAUGUUUCAUUUAGAUUUAAACAUCCGACAAAGAUGAGCUUUUAACAGGGUUCCUACACAGUUAGAAUUUCCAUACUUUUCCAUACCCUACUUUUAGAAUUAUUUUUGGAAAUACCUACUAUCCUAUUUUUAGAAAACAUUAUUUUAGAAUUGUGCUAAUAGUCUAGAAACCUAAAUAUUUUUACACACUUUAUUUUUCAUUUAGGAUAAUUUUUAAGACCUGGAAGUUGAUCAAACUAUACUUUUCCAUACUUGUGUAGGAGCCCUGUUUUAAGACUUCAACAACCUUUUGAUGAUGGCGGCAGGCGGCAUCAUCUAGAAACCGUGAAAGAUAGCGGGUGCAAUAUGUGACUAAUUAGUGAAGCUGAGUGACACUGAAGAGUUUUAAAUGUUCAGUCAUGUGGUCAACAUGAACGCCGCUACACAGAUUUCCUGUUUUUUCACUGUAUUUUAUUGUAUAAUCAUGAGAUUUAGCAGCAUUCAGUCGCAUAAAAAUCAUCUUGAAAACCUGCUCUGAUCAAGAGACGAGCAGAAGAGUGUUUGAGGGUUUCUGAUUUUUCAAAGCAGAGUUUAUUUUUUUAUCAUAAUGCUUUAAUAAAAGACAAACUGAGUCUUUGUGUGAGCAGAUAAAGCCAAAACAGCCUCUUUUUCACAUUUUCUAUAUUUUAAAUAAGCACACAUACGAGCGGACGGAGAAGUUCUUUGUGAGCGAAGCUGCAAAGCCUCAUCUUUCCCCGUAACAAAGAAACACUCAGCUGAGCGCAAUAAGGUUUCCAUUUAUUGCUUUUCCUCUUAACAACAAUAACCAAUUAGCAGCAGGCGAGUCUCUGCAGUAGGAGAUAUCGAUAAUGAUUUCAAAAAGAGCAAUACGCUGUAGAGCAACAAAGAGAUCGAUAACAUGAAGCUGAAGAUUUUUAUCAUGUGUGUAGAGCGUGUUCACUCUGCUGUAUUGAUAGAUGUGUUAUCGUCUCUCCUGCCUCAGUGUGUUUCCACGGGCUUUGUCCUGACUGUCCCUGCGUGUGUGUGUGUGUGUGUGUGUGUGUGUGUGUGUGUGUGUGUGUGUGUGUGUGUGUGUGUUUGCAGGGUCCAUAUCAGUGUGUAAGCAUGCCAGCGUGUGAGUGUGUGUUUAACGGGAUGUAGUGAGGCGCGUUGCCGAGUGACAGUGAUGAAUUAGCCGCCUGGUAAUAACCCUCUCUGAUCUCAGCCGCUCUCCCUGCUUCUUGGGGGGCACUUUUAAUUGUGGCAUGUAUCCCAGCAUCCCCUUGGGCGUUUUGUGCGCCUGCCCCCGUUACUGUACACACUUGCGCGUGCACACACACACACACACGUGGACACAUACAAAUGCACUUCCAGGCACACAAACCUGGUGGACACUUGGUUGUAUGUGACCCACAGUAGAGCGCUCUCUCUCCUCAUCACACGAGUCUUUGUGCGACUGUACGCGACGGGAUUAUUAAUCAAAAUGGGAAAAACAGACUGAGGAGGAGGAGGAGGAGGAGGAGGAGAGCUAACCUGUGUUCGUGAGGGAACUCUCUCCCAACAAAGGAGCCUCCUCCUCCUCCUCCUGCCUGAGUGCUAACCUGGCCUUUUCUGCACUUUAGGUAAACACAAGCAGCAGACAGAGAGUGUCCUGAGCCAAGCCAUCAGGAGCAUCAUAUAUAUGUAAAUCCAGCCCCUCCUGUCAGUUUAGGACCAUAAAAAGGAGAAGAAGAAGAAGAACGAAGAAUAAUGGCUUGGUCAAUUUUUGAUUUACUUUCAUUUUUUCCUGGUGCCAGGCCGCGGCUCUUUAUUUCCCCCGUGCUUUUGUGUGAGAGAAGAUUUAUUUAAUUUCUGAUGAAUAGGUGACUCCCUGAGAAUUACCUUUCCCCGCCCGUGAAAUCCACUGCAGUGUUUUAUUUUCAUGGGACUCCACAGUGUGCUGUGUGUAUACUCAAAGGUGUGUACAUGUGUGACAGUGUUGGACUUGGGCAGUAAAAGCUCUGCAGAGCAGAGAUUGGCUUUUAUAUCCAUCCACAGGAGACUAUUUGCAUCUUAAGGACUCUCAUCUUCACACUGAGACAUGAAGAGACAGUUUGAAGAGCUGUGACUGCUGGAGGAGGUUUUUCUUUUGUGUAUUUUCUUUUCUUCAGAAGAAAUUCCUCAUGACAAGACAUUUCCACCUCACCAGAUUAACACGGUCAUAUUUUAGAUGUAUGCCGCACAAAGACGCACAAAGUAUGCCGACUUUUUGCAGAAAUUACAGGACAUAAAUCCACCUGUGUGCACUGCAGCUAUAGCUAUUUAUAAUGUCAGAUGAAGAGGACGAUUAAAGCGCCUGAAAGGGUUAAAAAGUAAGACAUAAAAGAUUAUUUUAGGUUGUUUUUAAAAGGGAAAGUUUAGGGGAGAAAUAAAGCAGACGUCAUGAAUAACAAUGGGAACAUGCAGCUGAGGUUAUCUUUCCAUAAAGAUCUUUUAAGGUGCAUCUAAACCAUUAAAAUAUUCAUCCAAUAAGGUCAAAGUGUCUCAUUAUGCAGAGUUUGUUUUAAGGAGUAUCAUGUCCUAAUGGGCCACUAUCACAUCACUAAUUAUAGGGGUGAGCACGGGGGAGUUUCAGUCUGGAGUCUGACCUGUAACCUUCAAAAUUAAGUUAGUGGGUGCUACUUUUUACACAGCUGUGAAGUUAUACCAUCACAGAAACUGUCCUGUACUGUAUUUUGAGGGUUUUUGUGUGUUUUUUCUCAGGCUGAAGGGAUCCUCCGAGCGUGGGCCACCCCUGCUUUAAAGUCGGAUUACGGCAGUGACCCUACGGUGACCCAGAUGUGGAAUUCAACCAUGACGGAGGUAGAGUAUCGCUAAAGUCCUGCACUUAUUCAUACUGCUUAUUUUAAGAUGUGCAAGAUCUCUGCAUGUCCGACAUUCCCACUAACUUUGUCCGAUUUCCAUGAUGAGGUUUCCGUAAGUUUGUGUAGCCAUUGUUUCAGUUUCAUGAAUUUAUCUUCUUGCUGCUCUGAUGCAGAUUUGAGUCAAAAUGAAAAUCCUCGAUGGCCUUCAGGUGCAAACAGCAUGAGGAUCAUUAGUCUUUCUGCUGAUAUAAAUCAAAUCUACAGCUGAAAUAGAUAAUAAAGCCGUACGUUUUUUGAUUGUAAGUGUAUGAUUUAAUGAGCUCUUGAAUACACCGCUGAGUCGUCUCUUUCACUGACCUGAACAAAACAAUAUAAAAUGCCCGCAGCUUAAUCUUCGACUUGAUAUUUAACAAAAGCGAUAGCUGAAUCUCUGUCAUAUUUCGUGGAUAAUCUGCGUCUGCUUUGUCUGUCCGCUCACCUCUGCUCACCUGAACAUAAUAGAUUCAGUGGAGGUAACUCAGGGCGCUCUCUUAUCUUAAAUGACAAAGACUUUAAUUUCACUGGGGUGAAAGGUUACUAAUGGGAUAGGUUCUCCAAAGUAUGCAUAUUUUCACACCUACUCCUCAUUUUAUGAAGCUCUUUUGCUCUUUUCAGGUAAACUCAGUCAUCUAAACACCUUUAAAAACGGCGUCUUAACUGUGAACGGCUAAAUCUCUGAUCUACAGGGUCUCACUGUGUAUGUCUGAACUGUGUUUUCCUCCCUCUCCCAGCUGGAGUGUUGCGGUUUCACCAACUACACAGACUUUUUGGACUCCAAGUUUGAAAAGGAGAACGGAGGAAGACUGCCGCCCAGCUGCUGCACCUCCAACAGCACCUCCUGCAGCUCGCAGGAGGCGGAGCGCAGCGCCGUGAAGGUGAGAUGAUGACUUACCAGAAAAAAGAUGGUGUGUUUGGCUGCCAGUAAGUGACAGAAACCAGAUUGAUGGGGAUGGGGGUGAGGAGAGUCUCAGGACACCUUCAGACUGUCUUUCAAACUUAAUGUCAUCUUUUACUACCUGGCCAAUGUGACCUGGUACUGUGAGUACAUCUAAUAAUAAGAAGCAUUGAGGUAAAGGUAAAUAAUGUCUCAACCCCAAACUCAAAUUGGAAAAAUUUUUAGAGACAGCCUGUCCUUGAACUUCAUGAAAAGAGCUUUUGAAAGAUUUUACUAGUUAUUACAUUAAGUCGGCUGGUGACAGAAAGUUGCAUUAAUUCAUAAAGCUUUGGGGCUUGUGGAAUCACAUUCUCUUGUCUUUCAGAUUUUUUCUUCUGUUAUUAAAUCUGUUUUCUAAGUAAUGUGAGUAACAUGCAAGAUUAAGCGUUAGUGGUCUUCUAGGUACGUGUUUUCUGUUUGGACUGGGUGAAACAUUUUUUAUUUGUUUGCAGCAUUUUAGCCAAAGACGAAUUUCCCUAAGAGGUCAAUAAUAUUUCAAAUUGCUUCGAAUUGUAUGGAACUAUAUCGUAUUGCAUCAUAUUGUACCAAAUUCUAUCAUAUCAUAUUACAUUACAUUUUAUCAUAUCCCAUUGUAUCAUAUCCCAUUGUGUCAUAUCUCAUCAUAUCAUAUCUCAUGGUAUCAUAUCUCAUCGUAACGUAUCAUAUCAUUUUGUAUCGAAUUCUAUCGUAUUGUAUCACAUUAUAUCAUGGCAUUGUAUCGUAACGUGUCGUAUCGCAGCGUAUCAUAUCACAUUGCAUCGUAUUGAAUUGUAUCGUAAACUACCAUGCUGUAUUAAAUCGUAUCACGUUUAUCAUAUCUAUUUGUAUCAGUUUGUAUCGUAUCAUAUUACAUUGUAUCAUAUCUUAUAGUAAUGGUUUGUUAGUUAUGGUAACAUAACACAUUGUAUUGUAUCAAAUCAUAUCGCAUAGUAUUGUAAUUAUUGUAACGUAAUGUAUCAUACCAAGUCAUAUCAUAUCGUAUCAUAUUGUUACAUAUCACCGCAUAUUGAACUGAAUUGUAUCAUAUCGUGAUGUAAAUGAACAUAUAUCAAACUGUUGAUAGAUAUGGUGAUGUAUCAUAACGUAUUAUCUCAUAACAUCUCAUGUCAUAACGUAUCAUAUAACAUAUCUUAUUGAAUUAUAUAUAGCUCACACAUCAUCCUAAUUGUUGCUGAUAGUUCUAGUUAAAGGAAAUGGGACUGUUCAGUCGUAAACCCAUGACUUUAAUGAACUUUAAAUGUCUAUUUCAUUCAAACAAACAGAAUCAAUAUUUUUUAGCAUUUGUAAAUCUCAUUGGUAAAGAAUAGUUUAUUAUAAUUGGACAAACUCUCCCUGUCCCCCUCUCCCUCUCUCUCUCUCUCUAAGGGCUGUUUUGAGAAUAUCCUGGAGAUCCUCAAAGAGCACGCCAACAUCGUGGGAGGCAUCGCAGCAGGAAUAGGAAUCUUGGAGGUAAACUGACUGAAAACAAAAGAGAAAAUUUUGGCAGGAAAAGUGUUUCAGACAGAGAGCUGAAAUAUCCCCCCAUGGAUCAGUGAAGUUUAUGUCACGGUUAGUGUCAGCAGUAGUCCAAAAUUAUCAUCGGCUUUACUCUGCAGAGUGGAAUUGGCAAAACAAACAUGCCAAGAAACAUCCAUUCAGAAGAAAAAGGGGUGUUUAUAAGAUUUAGAUGUUUAAAGUGCUGAUUAAAAAGGGACAUGGGAGAUGACAGAGGGUUCAAACUUCUUUACCGAUCUUGUCUUUUUUGUUUUCAAUAUCUGAUUGACCAGCCAGUCUGGUUUUACCAGUAUGAGGGUUGUUUUUUCUCCUGUCCUCAGCUUGCUGCCAUGAUCGUGUCGAUGUACCUGUACUGCCACCUGGACAACAGAAUCAGCUGAGGCCAGACAGAGGCAUUAACUGGACUACUGG